UCUGCUAAAUUCAUGAAGUCUUGAAUGCAAAGCAUUCUUCAAAGAUAUCAAACAUAGCUUCGAUUUUUGUAAGACAUGGCUCUUUCCAGAUUGUUGUAUUCCAUCUUGUGCUAUUCUAUUAAGAUAGAAGAAUCAUCACUGAUUUCAAAGCAAUCUGCCUUCCCAGUUUUUAUUUUGCUUGCUACACUAUUGUUUCAUAGAAUUGUAGUCUGGGUCAGUAGAAUAUGCAGAUUUUUGUCAAGAUUUUAUUGUCAUCUUCAUCUGCAAACCCAAUUUGACUCGAAGAUUACGGAAGAAGAGACAGAGAACCCAGAUUCGGAAUUUUUAAUCAAGGAGAAAAGAGAGGGAGAUCUUUGCAGAGAAGAUGUGGAGUUUGUGAUGGGAAAGUUGGGAUUUUUUUGCAGCCAAGAAAGUGAGGAGCUUCAGAAGUGGUUGAGUUCCAAGGACCUUCCAGGGCUGUUUGAUGAGAAGGAACCUGUGUUGGAGGAAGUGAAGGAAGCUUUUGAUGUGUUUGAUUUCAACAAAGAUGGGUUUAUUGAUGCAAUGGAGUUGCAAAGAGUCCUCUGCAACUUAGGAUUCAGGGAAGGUCGAGAGCUCGAGAAUUGCAGAAAGAUGAUCAGAAGCUAUGAUCAGAAUGGAGAUGGAAGGAUAGAUUUUAGUGAGUUUGUAGAAUUUAUGGAGAACAGCUUUUGCUGAACUGUAUAUCCAUUUUGUUUGGCAAAAGUUUAUUAAUGAAAUAUUAAAAAUUCAACACAAAAAAUCUUUGCUUAA